CCAGUCAUCGCCUACAAUGGCUCCUACCUGACGAUCACUAAAGUACGACGCCUUAAUAUGGGUGCAUAUUUGUGCAUCGCCUUCAAUGGCAUUCCUCCAACGGUUAGCAAGCGCGUAAUGUUGAUUGUGCACUUUCCUCCAAUGAUUUGGAUACAAAAUCAGCUAGUCGGUGCUGCCACCGGCCAACACAUAGCACUUGAGUGUCAGUCAGAGGCGUAUCCAAAGUCUAUCAAUUACUGGACGAAAAAUAACACGAUCAUUGUGCCGGGUGAGCACUUUGCAUCCGAAACUUUUGAAAGUGGCUACAAAAUAACUAUUCGUUUAACCAUAAAAGAGGUUGACACAACCGAUUUCGGUUCUUACCGUUGUGUGGCAAAGAAUUCUCUUGGUGAUACGGAUGGCAUAAUUAAACUCUAUCAUAUUCCGCAAACAACGACAGUAACCGCGUUAGCACCUACGGUGGCUCUAAAUACUGUGCCAGUAGUGGUUACGAAAUACAACAACAAAGAUCAACGUUUCAGUAUAAAAAUUCACCGCACAAAAUCGAAUGUUGCAGAUAUAUCAUCGUCAUCACCCUUGAACAAUGUUUAUAUUGGUGCUACAUCGAGCUUAUGGAAUUCACAGGAUCACGGCACAGGGCGAGAGUAUAAUCAAUCUUUACCUUGUAAACCCGAUAUGAAGUCAAAUGUACUCUGCGGUACAAAGCCAGCUGACCAACUGGUUUCACCAUCAGUGGAUUUUUCAAGCGCCUUUUCUUCCAAUCAUAAGUCACAUCUUAAUGAAGUUUACUGGACGUAUCUCCUUCAAGGAUUAUACAUGUUAUUUAGGUGACCCGAGGGUCUGCGACCAUUGCCUCAUUACUUGAUAUAAAGUAGAAAGUGGCCAACAUACGAUUUGAAGGCAACAACUGUCAUAUUGCGGAGAGUUCGUCCAAAUGCCAUCACAUAUAUCUAUAUAACAUAAACAUAAAGGAGUUGAAAACUGUACCACCGUUUGAAACGAUUAAUUAUAACAGAAGCUUAAAUAGAUUCCAGAACCACGUGACGGGUGUUUGAAAUAAUGGCGCAACGAAGAUUCGCAUAAAAUGAGUUGUACAGCCAAAGCUUUCAAUAUUGGAUAGCACAAGAGGAAUAUGCUGAGAAUACUACAAAAAGAUAUUUAAUUAAGAGCACUUGUGUGUUUAUAAUACCAUAGCUUCGCCAAUUUAUUUUAAAUCGGUUAUAUGUGCAUGUAUGUUUGUAUAGAAAUAUGUACUGUUAAUAUGUAAAAAAUAUGUAUUUAUUUUUGUACUUAAUCGUUACU